UUCUCGCUCCUCCUCCUGAAAUGUACUGCAUUUUAACUUAAUGUAGCGAAUCAGCUCUACUGUGAUUUACUCCGAUUUACUGUGGACAAACACACGCACGCACGCGCACACGCACACAACUGUGUAUUUUUCUUUUUUUAAUUAAACAGAAAAUCAGCUGGAAGCUGAUGGGAGACUGAGGAGAUGUAACAUCAGAAUUCUGAGGGUGGCGGAAGCUAAUGGAUCCAGCUCUACAACAUCAGUCUCGGAACUACUGAGAGAAAUAUUACAGCUGGAUAGAGAUGUGCUUGUGGACCGCUCUCAUAGAAGGCUGGGUCCUGUGAGGAAGGAUGGGAAACCACGCGCCAUCAUAGCCAAACUCCACUACUACCAGGACUGCGUUGAGGUACUGAGCCGGGCGCGCUCUCGAACGCCGCUCCCGCGUAACGGUGAGACGAUUGCUAUCUUUCCGGAUUAUACCGCAAGUGUCGCUAAGGCCAGGGCGGCCUUCAAUGAGGUCAGGAAGUUGCUCCGUAACCGGCAGGGAGUUCGGUAUGGCAUCCUGUUUCCAGCCCGUCUCUGUAUUACGUUCAACGGAGAGGAAAAGGAGUUCAUAUGUACAAGCAAAGCCAUGAGCUACGUCAGGAAGAAUAUCAUUACUACUGUAGAGGGCUGAGUGAGUAACAUUGCCCUGGCUAAUUCAUCGUCUCUGAACUUUGACUGGAUGAUAACUGUUUGAUCAGACUUUUACUGUAAUAAGGAGGAUGAUCGUCACCGCUGUCUUAUUUUCUGUUAUAUACGCUAUGAUAGGGUGUAUGCUUCUACACUACCUUUUUUUUUUUUUUUUUUAAGUUUACUUUUCAUACCAGGGGUUCGGUGGGAGCUUGAGCAGUAGGCUCUAUAGAGUUCCUCCACACAAGCACUGAAUGUGCGGAUUUGUUUCGGGUGGGUACGGUGAGCGCCAUGUUCCUGCUGGUGCUGCGGGGGGUGUGGGGGGGUGUGGGGUUGGGGUUGGGGUUACGGGGAGGGUGUGCCAGACUUUGUUGUUUAGUUUGUUUAAUUUGCCAGACAUCUGUGUUGUGGUCUAUCUGCUGUCAUUCUAGGUUCCCUGUAGGGCUCAGAUACCUGACCUUUUUUUUUCUCUUGUAAUGACUGACUUCAGUAUUCCCCGAGGGCAGGAUGGUAGUAUGGUUAAUUUCGUGAGCUGGAACGUUAAGGCACUUAAUCAUCCUUUAAAGUGAAAGAAGGUAUUUACACAUCUGAAACGGCUUAAUAUAAAUAUUGCAUUUCUUCAGGAGACACAUCUACGGUCAUCAGACCAUUCUGGACUGGGAGGGGAGUGGUCAGGACAGAUAUUUCAUUCAAAUUUCCAUUCGAAGGCUAGGGGGGCAGCUAUAUUAAUUGAUAGAAAUACACCAUUUACGAUGACGAGUGUGGAAGCUGACCCCGCUGGGCGCUAUGUUAUUGUCAUAGGGCAAAUUUAUACUUUUCCGGUAUAUUUUGGCCAUUUCAGAGCUGAAAUGGGCUUCAUGUUCACUGACUUGAACUGUAGUGAGUGACAGGGUCAAAUCUGUCUGUGACUUGCUUGCCAAGCGUGAUGAAAAACUAUAGCUGGGACACCAACUACAGCCUACAAAACAGUCAACAACAACAAAAAAAGAUUUCAGUUAAACAGAAAGCUUAUUUGGAAGGUUAUUUGGAAGUUGUCUGACAGGACUGGCCUAAUCUUAGCCUUAUAUUGGGCUUAACAAUUACACAGUGUAUGCUAAUUUACACCACAAACCCAAUUUGCUAGAAAACUAGGCUAUUAAGAAAACCACUCCUGAUUGAAUAAAAACAGGAUUAAAAAAAAAAGGAUAAAAAUGCGAAGACAGGGGAAAUAUUUACCAAAAAUAAAUAAAUAAACAAAAUAAAAAUAUUUUAUGAUGGUUUUGGAGUCACACACUUAUCUGCUGUGUUGUUAGGGGGGGGUGUGCAACCAUACAGCCUCAGGAGCAUAGUAUAACGGAAAUAUAGGCUACGUGCUCGGUUUACGGUAAGCGACGGUUCAUUUAUUUUGAAUUUUUUAUUAUUAUUAUUAUUAUUAUUAUUAUUAUUAUUAUUAUUAUUAUUAUUAUUAUUUUGUAAUCUGUUGACGGUGAUGUAAUUUUUUUUUUUAACAACCCUUAUAAGGAAAUCGAAAGUAGUGAUGCUGAAUCAGUGCACGCGAUCAGAGGAAGACGGCGGAAAUCUAUAGGUGCACCCUUUUAUUUCCUCCGGUGGAUAAAAUCCGAACGACCAUCCACCCUUUCAUCUCAUCCAUCACCCACCUUUCCAUCAUCCAUCCUUCCAUCAUCCACCCAGUUGUCCGUUGUUUCAAGGUAGGAAUAUUAUGAAAUAAUAUUCAGUAUAUUUCUAUUCUUCCAUAUGCAAAUAAAUAAUAAUAACAAUAAUCACUGAACCGCUUACAGUUUCUCCUGCACACAUUAUGAUACUCGAGUAGAAAUAAAAACCCCGUUAUAUUGCGUUUUAUCACGUAAAAUUACUUUUUUAUCAUUAUUAUUAUUAUUAUUAUUAUUAUUAUUAUUAUUAUUAUUAUUUAUUCUUUUUUUUUUUUUGCACAGACACUGCAGCAACUGUGAUUCAUUCACAUAUCUAAUCCAGAAGUCCUUGUUGAGGCACUGUCUUUUGACUCCUCAAAUAAGAAUAUGUACAGUGUCCUCCACUAAUAUUAGCACCCUUGGUAAAUAUGAAAGCUGUGAAAAUUUGUCUUUAUACUAACCCUAAGGUUAGAAUAGCUUUUGAGUUUUUGUUUAAAAAAAUAAAUAAAUCACAAAGCAUGUUCGGCUCACACCUCCAGGGUCGGGGGUUCGAUUCCCACCGGGGCCCUGUGUGUGCGGAGUUUGCAUGUUCUCCCCGUGCUGCGGGGGUUUCCUCCGGGUACUCCGGUUUCCUCCCCCAGUCCAAAGACAUGCAUGGUAGGUUGAUUGGCAUGUCUAAAGUGUCCGUAGUGUAUGAAUGGGUGUGUGAGUGUGUAUGUGAUUGUGCCCUGCGAUGGAUUGGCACCCUGUCCAGGGUGUACCCCGCCUUGUGCCCGAUGCUCCCUGGGAUAGGCUCCAGGUUUCCCCGUGACCCUUAUAAGGAUAAGCGGUAUAGAAGAUGGAUGGAUGGAUGGAUGGAUGGUUGACAUGCACUGACAUCUGUAGGGGUUCCAAAUCAUGUUCAGUCAGCUGAAUUGACCACAGAUAAACCUUAAUCAACGUGUAGAAACAUUUUUUUUUGUACAUAACUUUGUGAAAACCUGAAAAGCAAGACAGGAAAUAAGGGGGGGAUGCUGGGAUCUGAAGAUUAAAUGUUUUAUUAAAUAAAGCAAAUAAAGCUAAAUGUUAACCUAUACAUGAUAUAACGAUGGUUUUAAAACUUAUUUCAUCUCGUGUUUUUUUUUCUUCUGCCCCAGCAACGUGCUAUUCACCAAAGAGAGAAAUGAAGCAAAAUCUUGCAGACAGCAGUGGAAAGCAUGAUGUCUCUGAGCCAGGUAUUUCUUUCCAAAGUUAUAUGCAUGGUGGGAUGUCCAGCCUGACCUGCACCGUCAUCACUUUCCCCGUGUACAAAACUGUGUUUCGCCAGCAGUUGCACAGCACACUGAUCCGUGAGGCUGUGGUGCAGCUAUAUGAGGAAGGGCUACUGAAACUUUACCGUGGAGUUGUGCCACCCUUGCUGAUGAAGACUCUUCAGGGAACCAUUUUGUUUGGCUUCCAGAACACUCUCCUGCAGAAGCUAUCCCCACGGGCUGAAUCAUAUUUUCCCAGGGCAAUGCUUCCCGCCCUGGCCGGGCUCGGGACAGGGUUAGUGGAGUGUUUGUUUUUUACCCCCUUCGAGCGCGUACAGAGUAUCUUACAAAACAGUGGCAACGACCGCAACCUUCCCACUCUCAGCAAAAUUGUGGGCCGGAUGAGGUCUGAAACGUUAGCGAAUGGAUGGUACAGAGCUUUUUUACCUACUCUUACUCGUAACGCAUUAGGGAGCAGUCUUUACUUUGGCCUGAAGGAUCCGCUGUCCAGAUUGUUACAUGAGCAAGAUUGUCCCCCCGUAGCCUCAUCUUUUGUCUCAGGGAUGGUCAGUUCCUUUGUGAUCAGCUUGCCCUUGUAUCCACUGUCAGUGUUGGUGGCCAACAUGCAAGCCCAGGUCGGUGGAGACAACUUGGGGGUGAGGGCCAGCUGGCAUCAGCUGUGGCAGAAACGACAGCGAAGUCUGGUAUUGCUGUACCGUGGAGGAUCGCUGGUCAUCCUGCGCUCCUGCAUCUCCUGGGGCAUCACCACUGCCAUAUACGACCAGCUGACAAAACGCUCAGGCUGAGGAACACUAUCAGCACUUCUCCUCUGGAAGGUGGAUAUAUCGCAUCUGUGAAAAGAUUUAUUUAACCACUAAAACCAUUCCUGGCAGCAUUUUCUCUUUUUUUUUUCCGAAAGUGUCAUUGCUAACGAUAGCUGAAUUCUACUCUUAAAUGAGUAACAGAGCUGAUUGUUAGCAUAGAAUUUGCAAAUACUCAACACGUGUUGAACUAGCAUCCAUACUAAGGACAUUAAGGACAUCCCAAUGAUUAACUUAAAGUGUAUUUUUUAUUAUUAUUUUUAUUAAUCAUUCACUUUCACUUUGUAAUUUGAGUAACAGAGUUGCACCUUCAAAGUGACCUUGCCAG